UUUUUAGAGAAGGGGUUAGCCUUUGUCCUGUCAUUCAUCAAAAUGCACCCAUCUUAAGGUCACUUUUUAUUAUGCGAGAAAUUGAUCUGACAGAGAUUCCCAUUUCUCGAGACAUGAUUUGUUGUUUUCAAAUGGGAUUUCUUCUGAUUCGAGCUGCCACUGCUCUCACUGCAUUUGCCAUUCUAACAGUGCGGGGAUGGCCUGACAGGGUUCUCAUUAUAUAUAUUUAUAGAGCGAUACACGAACAUACAGCUGAUACUCGAAGGCUUCAAAGUGUUGAAAAUCUCUGAUCUACAUUUUCCAACUUUGUAUAAGGCUUUGUGAUCACAGUUAUUCAGUUUUUUUUUUUCACCCCACUCCAU